CUCGUUAUGUUUUUCAGUGUCGGGUGGAGUCUGCAUCCUGUCGCAUCUCUGCGGGGGAAGGAGGAGGAUUUUUUUCUAUUACUUUCUCAUUGACUAUUUGUUCCUGCCAAUACAUCGAAAUUAGUCCCUAAAGAUGACGACGACGACCACUUUCCAAGGAAUGGACCCUGGUGCUAAGAGCAGUUCCAGGGUACUACGACCGCCAGGUGGGGACUCCAGCUUCUCCCUCGGCUCAGAUGAAAACACCACCCCCCAGCGUAAGAACAAGAUGGCCUCCAGCAUCUUUGCAGAACCUGAUGACCCUCACGCUCAUCGAAGGAACAAUCCACCAACUGGAGCACCAACAGGAACCCUGUGCGGGGAGCCCUCUGCCCCCCUGAGGCGCUGCCAGCAGCCUCUCCUCUUCCCCAAAAACCCCCAGCCCGAGCUGACCACCAUCCACAACUCUGGAGCGGCCUUGGUGUGGACCCAGAGACAAGAGGUUCCAAAUGGCCAAGAAGCAGCAAACGAAGAGUGUCCUGAAGACGGAGAACAGGAGGAGCAUGAGGAGCAGAAGGAGACGUCACAGCCCUCCGCCCCGUCGGGAGUUGCCAACGCCACCGCAGGGGGCCGAAGAAACCCCCCUGGUGGAAAGUCCAGCCUCAUCCUGGGUUGAGACCACUCGUUUUGUUUUGUUUUUUUUUUUUCAUUCGAACGCUUUUUUAUUUUUUAAAGAUAAAUACCCCCACCACUCUUUCCCUCCUCAUCAAGCUGUCACCUUCCUCCCUCCUUCACCUUCCUCACAUGUCGUCACAUCCAUGGACCUGCGUGUCCCCGUCCCUCCACCCUCAGACCUUUUGUUUUGAUCCUAUUUUCUAUUAAAAAAAGAAAACUGUUGACAAAAGCACUUUAUGUAUCUCUCUCUCUCUCUCUGCUCCCCACCUUUCCAUUUCAGCCCAUCCUGUAGUGCAUCGCGCCUGCUGGGAAAGGCAUGACGUUUAGCUUGUCCCUCAUUCUCCCCUGUUGUAAAUGGUAAAGGAAAAAAUACUAAAAAAGAUUUGAUGCGUGGAUUUCUAAAUACAAUAAAGAUUGAUAUGAAUUUGC